AUGACGGUGUUGAAAGCUGAACUGAAGUCCAGGAACAGCAUCCGCAUGUGGGAAUUCUUCUCCUCCAAGUGUGCCAGGCUGAGGUGGAGAGCAGCAGAGAUGGUGUCCUUAGUGGAGCGGUUAUUACCAAAAAGAAGAAUUGUCAUCGUUGGACAAGCUGGAGUUGGAAAAAGUAGCCUUGGAAACAAGAUAUUUAAAGGGGAUAAGUUCACAGUCAGCCAUGAUCCAGACUCUGGGAGGAGAAUCUGUGAAACAAAGACCAAAUGUAUUGGUGGAAAAGAAAUCACUUUGAUCGAUUUGCCCGGUAUAUGUGAUCCAGAAAAAAAUGAAAAAGAACUGAAACCAGCGCUGUUUAAGUGUAUCACAGAGUGUUCACCUGGACCUCAUGUUUUCCUCAUUGUGCUCAACAUAGAGGAGUAUAUAGAGAAAGGCAAAGAUGUCAUCAGCAAACUGCAUGAAUACCUCUCUGAGGAUGUGUUUAAGUAUGCUAUUGUUGUCUUUACUCAUGGCAAUAGUCUCCCUAAAAGUCAACGAGUCAAAGAUUUUGUGAAGACCAAUACAUAUCUCAAUGACUUAGUUGAAAAGUGUGGAAAUCGAUGCCACGUUGUUGAUAAUAAACACUGGAGUAAGCGAUCAAAGUAUAGAUAUAGAAGCAACAAGUAUCAGGUGAAGAAACUACUUGAGUCGAUAGAGAUGACUGUGGAGACAAAUGGUGGAAGCUGCUAUACCAAUGACAUGCUACAAGAAAUAGAGAAAAACAUUGAACAGGAAGAGAAACAAAUCAAAGAAUCCUCAAGAAAAUUAACAGAGGAAAAGAUCAGAAAGGCUGCUAAAGACAAGGUGCAUGAAGAUCCCAUUGUGUAA